ACAAUAAAACAGCUAAACUUUGAAACUAAUGACUAUAAUCUGAUAAACUCGUUUACACUAUAAAAACAAUGUUUGACUAGGUAAGAACCUAAUUACUUUUUUUAUAAUGUGGUUGGUUUAUUUUUAUAUCAUCAGGUAAUAAAGGUAUUUACAUAAAGUAAAAGUGAGUAUUAAUGGCAUAAAAAAACAUUGGUUACAGAUCCCUGGACAGUCUACCCCACCCCGGGACGAUUUAGAACCUCUACCUUUAGUACUGCAGUUGAUAUUUUACGCUCUAUUCAUCAUCAUAGUGUUGCCGGCCAUACUUUUGAACUCUAUGGUUAUUGGCAUCAUUCUGUGCGUCGGGAAGAUGAGGAGAAAUGCCACUAAUUAUCCUAUAGUCAGCCUCGCCCUAUUGGACCUCCUACAGUCCUUCUGUAACACGCCGUGGAACUUCUUAUCCAUGCUGCAUGGCAAUUGGCACUGGACCGAGGACUACGAGUGGAACGAGCAAUUGUGCAAGAUUGACCAGUUCCUGUCGAAUGCUUCCAUCGCCGCUUGCGUGUUCACGCUGCUAGCGACCAGUAUCGACCGGUGAGAUUUUUCAAAAAUGUCCCGUAAAACGGUAGCGCAAUCGGACCAACCUUGAAAUCUCUGGAACAGUCCUGAAAUUUGCUAAGUAUAUAGAUUAAAGGCCCAUUUUUCAUGCCCACAGCAUUUGACAUUUGGGGACUUCAAGGAAUCGCAGCCAUCAUGGAAAAUGUGUACCACCCUAGAAAAAUUUGCGUUUUACUAUAAAUCUACGCUCUCUAUGAAAAUAUGGUGUCAAGCAACAUUAAAGCUUAUUAAAUUCUACACAAAAUAGUUCUAGAUAUCUUUGCGGAAAAAUACACGCUACGAAUACAAAUAUAAGCUACAGGGUGUACUGAAUCA